AUUUUUGUCCCUUCUGAUCAGUUUUCCCAUGAUUAUAUUAUAAAUUUAUAAAAGCAUAAUAAUAAAACCAGAUUUGAGGUGAUUAGGCGUUUUAGAAGUGAAGCCUCGGCCUAAACCCUACGCAUUCAUCCAUUCCAUUCUAGGGUUUUCACUUUUCAUCUACACCAGCUCCCUUUAAUUGCAUCUUUUGUUGUUGGAAAGCAUGAAUGACAUGGAACACCGGAAGACCAACGAUGGAGAAGGAAGAAGAUUGGAUGGAGAAGAAGAGGAGGAGGAGGAAGAUGAAGAUGAGGGAAAUGGAAGAGGCCUUGAUGCAUGGGAGAGAGCUUAUGCUGAUGAGAGAUCAUGGGAGUCUCUGCAAGAGGAUGAGUCUGGACUUCUUCGCCCCAUUGACAACAAAACCAUUUACCACGCUCAGUAUCGAAGGCGCAUUCGCUCCCUAUAUUCCUCCACAACCACUGCUCGAAUUCAAAAGGGUCUCAUUCGCUAUCUCUACAUUGUUGUUGAUCUCUCCAGGGCAGCUUCAGAGAUGGAUUUUAAACCUAGCCGAAUGGCUGUAGUUGCAAAACAUAUUGAGGCUUUCAUUAGGGAGUUCUUUGACCAGAAUCCACUUAGUCAAAUUGGUCUGGUGACCAUAAAGGAUGGGUUGGCUCAGUGCUUAACAGAUCUUGGUGGCAGUCCUGAUUCCCAUGUUAAAGCUUUGAUGGGUAAGUUGGAGUGCUCUGGUGAUUCCUCCCUACAGAAUGCCCUAGAUCUGGUUCAUGGGUAUCUAAAUCAAAUCCCAUCAUAUGGUCAUCGUGAAGUUCUGAUCUUAUAUUCAGCUCUCAGUACUUGCGACCCAGGAGAUAUAAUGGAGACCAUCCAGGAAUGCAAGAAAUCUAAAAUACGCUGUUCAGUUAUCGGCCUUUCUGCAGAAAUUUUUAUAUGUAGACAUCUCUGCCAAGAGACUGGUGGAUCAUACUCUGUUGCAUUGGAUGAGUCCCACUUUAAAGAGUUGCUACUAGAGCAUGCACCCCCGCCACCAGCAAUAGCAGAAUUUGCAAUUGCUAAUUUGAUCAAGAUGGGUUUCCCUCAAAGAGCAGCAGAGGGUGUUAUUUCAAUAUGUUCAUGCCAUAAAGAGGCUAAAGUUGGUGGGGGCUACACUUGUCCAAGAUGCAAAGCACGUGUGUGUGAACUGCCUACAGAAUGUCGUAUUUGUGGGCUGACACUAGUUUCUUCUCCUCAUUUGGCAAGGUCAUAUCACCAUCUCUUCCCAAUACCACCUUUUGAUGAGGUGUCUCUCUCACUUUUAAAUAAUCCACAUCAAAGGUCUUCUAGAGCUUGUUUUGGUUGCCAAGAAAGUCUUCUGAUCCCUGGAAACAAACCUACUCUUUGUGUUGCUUGCCCAAAAUGCAAACAGCACUUCUGCCUUGAUUGUGACAUUUAUAUUCACGAGAGCCUACACAACUGUCCGGGUUGUGAGAGCUUCAGGCAUUCUAAGAUAGUAAGUGUUACUGAGGAAUGACAGAUUACUGCAGCAUAUUUUUUAUAAUUUGUUUCUGUGGGCCUAAGUCAAGCAUAAGCUCAUGAUAUGCAUACAAGCUACUGGCCUCAAUGUAACACAAUCCACAGCAUUCAGGGAAAAGCUGCUAUACCCACCGCAAUAUAUCCGUAAGUUGUAAACCAGCUUUGGGCAAAAUUUUGUUGCCUUUAGAUUGACACUUUAAUAGAUGGUGAAUAUGAAUUUUCAUUUGUAAUUGUGAUUGCUUUAUUUAGAAUAAAUUGAGGUUUUUUUUUCCA